AUGCCUGGAGUCCCCCCUGAUGCGAUGGCCACCGUGAAGAAGGCCUUCAAGAACAUGUUCAAGAAGAAGAAGGCCGCGAAGAAGAACGACGACAAGCCGAGCGCCGACGCUGCGAAGCCCGCCGACCAGGCUGCAACCGCGACCGACGCCGGCAAGCCGACCGAGACAACACCCGCGGCCCCCGCGCCCGCCGCUGCCCCGGCCUCCGGCGCCGCUGUUGCUGCUGGUGCAGUUGCUGCCGCUCCUGUUGCUGCUGCGGACACUGCCGACGCGAAGAAACCGGAGGAAUCCAAACCGGAGGAGCCCAAGCCGGCCGAGGCGCCUGCCCCGGAGGGUGAGGCCGCCAAGAAGGAGGAACAAGUUCCGGAGCCCACCGGUGCCGCGGAACCUGCGCCGUCCGAGAGUGCCGCUGCGCCGGCGCCCUCCGCUACUGCUACGGCAGACGACACUGCCGCCGCGAAGCCCGCUGCCGAGGGCAUGUCUGCCACCAGCGGCCCCCUCGACGAGUAUCCUAUCCUCGACGCUGCGCCUGCCGCUGAGAAGAAGGAUGAGGCUAAGACCGAAGAGCCUGCGAAGACCGAGGAGACCAAGCCUGAGGCUGCUGCUGCGACUCCCGCCGCUGCCGCGACUCCCGCUGCUGCCGAGACUCCCGUUGCCGCCGCCGCCGAGGCUCCCGCUGCUGCGGAGUCGAAGUAA